CCAUCGCGAGAGCGGGCGGCGGGGCCGGGCCGCCGCCAUGCCAAGGCGGAGCCCUCCGCACCCGCCCCGCCCCGCCCCGCCCCGCCCGCCGCCAUGUCGGAGGGCCCGGUCCCGGAGGACGGGCCUUGCCCCGGCCCGGCGAUGGCUGCGGCCCCGGCCCGGCCCGCCCCGCUGCGGGGGUAUGUUAUUGACGGCCAGAAGCGGGGGGACCCCACAGGAGGGGGGUCGGGCCGCGGCGGGUCCCGCCGGCUGCCUGUGGGGGUCCGAGUGCUGCGGGCCGGGGUCCAAUCUAAUCCACAGAUGUAAUUCAUCUAAAUUUGUAUUUAAUAUUGAGUACUGAGGGGAUCUUGACAUGGGAUUGUAAACUGGUAUUUAACCCUUUUCUCCCUGAGGUCGCAUCCACAUCAACUCAAAGCAAUCCACCAAGGAGUUCGUAAGAUUCUUAAACUCCACACUUAAUCUAGACGCCAGGUUCUAAUGCCUCUCCCGCAUGUUUGUAGAGUGCUCCUGUCUGACUUGGGAAGUGCUGCUGGUUGCUGGACGCUUCCAGGCAGAAUUUGGCCAGAAAGCAGCCUUUCCUCCCUCUGAUACUGGCCUAUGACUUAACUAACUAUAAAUAAAUAAUUAACAUACUAGGAAGGAAAUGUUCUCUAUAUACCAGCAAGGCAGAAUCUGAACUUCCACUUUGAAAGAAAUAUUUAUAUUAAAUAUAUAGCUUUGAUAAUCAUAACAUAUAGCCAAAUAUAUAGCUUUGAUAAUCAUAAAUUAUUAUAAUCAUACUUUACAUACCAGGCACUAGCAAGUCCAGUGAGGUAAGAUUUGCUUAGCUGUGAAUUCUGAGGUAAGGAUGGCGCCUUCGAGGAGGAUGGUGAGAUGCUGAGUGAUGGAAUAUGUACAUUUUUCUACAACAUGCUAAGCGUUUUUCACAAUGAAAUCCUAAAAUUAGAGAAAUUGAAUUUUAUCUGUGCUGAAAUUGGAUGUAAUAGGCUAACUGGGGGAUAGGUUGCCCUUCAACAGUUAGUGGCAGUUUAUGUGGCUAUCAGUGUAAACUUCACCUAAGAUCACAGAACAGAAAAACGCAGUGUGAAGAGGAAAUAAAAAAUCAUUGUUUUUGAACACCCAUUGAUUUCAGCACAGUUACCUUAACUUGACUGAGCUCUUUAAAAUUGUAACCUAGACUGAAACCAAAAAGCAAUCUGCGUGGAGUGUUAUUGAGUACUGAGAGAUUCAAGAGAAUCUGUGUGUGUACCUCAGGGGUCACGUAUUAACAGCAUGAGCUGAUGUUCUGUCUUCAUAGCUCUCUAAUUUCAUAAAACCCAUGUAACUUCCUACCUCAAACAAACAGGGUGCAUAAACCUGCCAAAUGUGGAGUCUGUUAAAUUUGAGCUUUAAUAAAAUCAAUUUCAGUCUUACAAACAGGCUUACCAACUGCUUAAAACAUGCUAAAAUAUUAAAGCUGGUAAAUCUCAUUAUUUCAAAUUGUUCUUACAAUGAUUGAACAUUGAGACCAAAAUAAAUAUACUGUUGGACACAAAAGCAUGAUAUGAUAAAGAACCGGUGUUUCCCUAAAAUGCCCUAAAAUUUUAACAGUCUUUUUUUCUCUCGUGGCCACCAGUUCCGUAGGAAGUGGGAACGUGCUGGAGCCCAGGUCUGUUAGCACUGUGUUGCACAGAAAGAGGACAUGGCCAGGAGCCGUAGGAUGGAAAGAGACGGGGACAGUUGUUCUUCUGGAGGCAGCUGCAAUCCUGACGUUGUCUGCGAGAAGCGCUUGUUUAAAUCCAGAGCGUCCGAGUCCCUUGUGCAGCCGGCGUGUAGUCACCGUCACUGUGCCUUCCCUUUGAAUGGAAACGAGUUGUGCAUCUGGAAUACAGCGGCUGCUCAGCCAUUACAUUUGUCAGGACAUCAUUGCUCAAUUUCUGCCCUGUCAUUUGGAAGUAAAAUCAAUCCACUUCUUGUCUGCUCCGCUUCUCGGGAACGCGUGAUAGUGUGGAAUCUUGAUGAAUGCAGACAGAAGAUGCAAGAAGGGUUAACGCCUCGAGGAAUUGUUAUAGGAACCCUUUUGGGAAUGGUGCUUCAUGUAAGAUUUAGUCCGGAUGAUCAACAAGUGGCAGUAUGUGCUGGAAAUAGGAUCUACAUGUUAAGUGCAAAGAAGGAAGCUAUACAAGCUGAAUUGGCUGGCCACCUGGCUCCAGUGACUGCUGCCGAGUUCUGCACGUGGGAGAAAAGUAUGCUUAUAUCAGUGUCUGAAGACAGAACCUUUAAGGUGUGGGACUACUCUACAGGCCGGUUAAUGUAUCAGUCAGGAGUAUUAACAGCAUUUCCUUUGCUAAGUCUGCUAAUUGAUGAAGAAAAUAAACAGAUUAUCACUGGAUGUGCUGAGGGACAGCUUUGGACCUUCAGUUUAAUCAGUGACCAUAAUUAUCGCUGUGUGGCACAUAUCAACUUAAAGAAAGAGCAAGAGAAAUUCUGUAAUAAAGUGUGGAAAUCUGGAAAAGGAAUAGGUGAAGGGCAGAAUACUUCCAAGCUUUGCAAAACAAACAACAUGAGGCCAGCAGGAUCAGUGGAAACAUCAUUGCCUAUUCUUUUAAUUGAACACUGCGACUUUUCUGUAUGUUUCCAUAAUGAAGAAAACACAUCAUCUGCCCUGAAUACUAGCUAUUUUUGGAUAGGAAGUUCAGCUGGCUUGUUAAUUAUUAAUUUGGCAAACUUUGAAUUAGAAGCUUCUUUAUCUUACAAAGAUUACAGUGACCUCAGCAUUCGGUUUGCCAGAUCAUGUGCAUUAACAAGGAAGGCAGUUAAUGGAAAGGUUUUAUGCUUGAUCACCUCAAUGUUUGAAGGUAUGAUUGCUGUGUUGGAAGUUAACCUCGCUGCUAUGGUGAGAGCUCAGCAGAGUAAUUUUCUCCUAUGCGGAAACAGGAACAGUCCAUCAGUUAUUGCCAGGUGUUCUUUACUGAGAAAUUCUCCAUUGUGCAAAGGUUUAAAGAAAAACAUGAAAGAACCUCCUAGGAAAACACUUGGAGUGAAAAGCACGGUGAGAGACCAGCCGUUGGUUUUCCAUGAUAAAAUUAAGUCAUCAGGUUAUACAGCAGCACCACGAAUGAUCAUGUUCUCUCCAAAUAAUAACCUGAAGAAAAAUGAGGUGCCAAAGCAGAAGACCAGUUGCAAACGUAAAAAUAAAGAAUAUCCCUUGGAAAGCUCUCCUCCAAUCAAAUAUGAGAAAGAGAUAUCUGUUACUUGUAAACCAACCCUGAUAUGUUGCAUUCAGUAUUCUGGAGGUGGAGAGAUGCUGGCUUGCGGCCUGGCUGACAAGACUGUACUGAUAUUCAAUUCCAAUCUCACCGACACCCAUAAUGUUUUUUCAGGUCACGAUGGUGCGGUUAACUCUGUUGGCUGGAGUCAUGACAAGAAGUGGUUAGUUUCUGCAUCAGAAGACAGAAGUUUAAGGGUCUGGUCAGUCCACAAUAAUGAACCUGCCCUAAUUCUGGGCAAAGAGAAGUUCCAUAAGACUGUACGCUUUGCACAAUUUUAUUUUAUAGAUACAUUUAUAUUGCUGUGUUGUGGAGCUGAAUUUCAUCUAUUAAGUUUCCAUCCAGACACAACCAAGGAUGACCUCAAACGAUAUAAACAGAGAAGUGUUUGUAAAUUGGUUCAGAAAUUUCCCAUGGCUUCAACAACGGAGAUUACCAGCCUGUCAGCAGUAAAUGAUUUCUACUCUCAUAUUGUACUUACAGCUGGCAGCAACCGAGCGUUGGAAGUUUUUGACCUGAAUGCAGGCUGCAGCACAGCAGUGAUACCAGAAGUUCAUACCAGAUCAGUCCAUCAGAUCUGCCAAAAUAAGGGGUCGUCAUUCAGCGCUCAGCAACCUGAAGCUUACAAUCUUUUCAUGACCACAGCGGCAGGUGAUGGCAUCAAACUGUGGGACUUAAGAACACUGAGGUGUGAACGUCGUUUUGAAGGGCACAGCAGCCGCUGCUAUCCGUGUGGAAUUGCAGUAUCUCCUUGUGGACGGUUUAUAGCCAGUGGAUCAGAUGACAAAUGUGCUUACAUAUAUGAAAUGCAUUCAAGCACUUUUUCACACAAACUGGGGGGACACACAGAAACCGUCACCGACGUGACUUUUAGUCCCUCAUCUCCCCAGCUCGCCACAGCCACCUUGGAUGGCAAACUCCAAUUGUUUGUACCCUGAUAUUUGCCAGCCUGUGGAGCUUUGGCCCCGGCGUUCUGAGAACAACGACUUGCCGAGAGAAAGGAGACUGGUAACUCGCCAUUAGGCAAGCAACGGAAUAUUCGCUUUUAAACUACCGUUUUCUUCUGAUUUUGUUUCUGCAAGUUCCUCAAGCUGUUCUCCAAGUUCUUCUGUUGCACAGUCUGUUACCUUUAUUGCAAAACUAAGGGCAAAGAUCAAGAGGAGAAAGAGGCUACUCAUCAGCCUUCAUUCUAGCACAUCACCACGCAAGUGGCUUUCAGAGGGCUUCCUGGGUGCCAUGGUUAGGUGUGUCCUGCAGUGCUAGACUGGGGCCACUUUACUCUCGAUUGCAAACGCAGGUAAAAUAGCGACUGUUCCAUUUUUAAAGGUAGAUCUGCCUGUGACCAAAUAUUUAAAUUAAUCUGAAAGAGAGAAAAAUUGUCUGUCUUUCUGAAAUGCCAUGGGAGUCUUUCUGUUACACUCCUUUGGGGUUACUGGAUGUUGUUUGAAGGCAGAAUGUUACGGUUUUACCCUUUAAACUAAAUUUUGUAAAUUUCUUAGGGAAUAUGUAAGAAAGUUCUCUUUAAAAUAUUAUCUUAUUGCUACAGUCUGAUAUUAUUAAAACAGCUUUAAAUGUAAAGAAAUAAUUUCUGUCUUUUAAUAACAAUUUAAAUAUCUUUUUAAAAUUUUAAGUACAAUGAAAAUAAAG